UAUGAAUAUUUAAUACAUACUCUAUUUUAUCUCAUUAUUAUUCACAUUCAUAUAAUCAGAGCUCAAGAAGACUUUGAGUUUUCUAGUCAGUCAUCGGGAAGUAUAGUAUGCUCGCUGUCACCGAACUGUAGUUCCUGUAUCUCUCAACCGCAGUGUGCCUGGUGUUCGGCACAGACACCACUGCCCGGUAUCACUCGAUGCGACUCAUCGGAAAGCCUAUCAGCCAACGGCUGUCCCGACAAAGACAUCGUAAACCCGGCCUCUUCUGUAGAGAUUGUGAAGGCACUCGACUAUCCUAUAGAUUUAUAUUACUUAAUGGAUUUGACUUACUCUAUGAAAGAGCAUAAGGAAAAACUCGUCGAAUUAGCUGAUAGUCUGGCCAUUCACAUGAACAACAUAACCAAAUCAUUCCGACUGGGCUUCGGUUCAUUCAUAGACAAAGUGGUGAUGCCGUACGCGAGUAUGGUUCCCAACAAACUGGCCAACCCUUGCACGGAUCAGCAACAGUGCGCCCCUCCCUAUGGUUUCCGCAAUCACUUAGGCCUCAGUACAAACAUAUCACAAUUCGUUCUGGAGGUGGGGUCGACACCACUUUCAGGCAACUUAGACAACGCUGAGGGAGGUUUUGACGCCAUAAUGCAAGCCAUAGUCUGUCGGCAACACAUUGAUUGGCAAUAUUUGUCACGAAAGAUAAUACUCUUCGCCACGGAUUCCAUAUUUCAUUACGCGGGCGAUGGAAAACUCGGAGGAAUUGUUCAACCAAAUGAUGGUGAAUGUCAUUUGAGUGAUGAAGGAGUCUAUACUGAAAGCAAAGAACAAGACUAUCCAUCGCUGGAACAGAUCAAUAGAGUGGUCACUGAAUCCAAGACAAACAUUAUCUUCGCUGUUCCCGAAGACAGUAUUAAUGUGUAUAAGCAGUUGAGUGAACACAUUCCCGGCUCAACCACUGGUCUACUCAAAGACGAUUCAUCAAACAUUGUGGACAUAAUAAGAGAUAACUUCAAGAAAAUCGCUUCAAAAGUGGAAUUUAGAGACAAUUCUUCAGAUGCCAUACAAAUCCGUUACAUGUCUUCGUGUUUAGGCUCUCAU